UUGCCAUGUAUGUAGUUAAAAUUUUUAAAUCAUAAGUCACAAUGGUCAUUUUGGAAGGUUUUUGGAUGGUUUAUUUCGUAAUAUGGAAACACAUAAAAAUUCGAAUUUUUACCUCACCGUGAAGAAUUCAAUUUUGUCUACGCGCAUUUAUCAUCCGGGUACUUCGAACAUAAUCCGGGGAUUUCCAAAGAAAAAUGGCAUCUUGCAUUUUCAAUGUCACCGGUCACAAGGUGAGUAAAUGUUGCUUUAUUCUUUAAAUUUGUUUAUUCGUAGGGAAAACUACCUCAAACAACAAUAAAGUUAAUAGCCGACGAUAUUUUAAUGUACAAUGCACAUCGCAUCCAACGCCGCUAAUGUACAAUUUGAAUACCGUGGCACACAACCUUCUUACAAAUUUCAUACGGUGGUUCUGUCUGUAUCAUAAUUAUUUCAACUUUCCGAUGAGUGGUUUUUUUUUUAUAAAAUUUAAUUUGCAAUAUAGAAUAUCUAACGUUGUAUGACUCGCGGUGUGUGUGCGUGUGUGUGUUGGGGGGGGGGGGGGGGGGGGUCCGGAGUUCACAAGUUUACCAAGGGCUGCUGGGCUCAAUGUGUCGUCGAUAGAUUUAAUAUUAAUGAAUUAAAUCAAAUUACUGAUUCAAAUAAUUAUUGUCGAUCGAUUAAGGUCUCGUACUCGCACAGUUUAUAUUGCUUGCAUGCUUGUGUUUGGGUUUUAAAACAGAAUUCGAAUUCAUUGAUGUACGAGUUAUUGAAAUACCGUUAAAGAAAUGGUAGACCACCAUGAGCCUUUUAGUUUUGGGAACUUUCAACGGAUUCUGAUGUUUUUAGUAAGUGGUUGCUAGUUUGAAAGUGGUUGCUAGUUUAAAAACUAGCUUUCAGAAGAUGGCUGCAUUGUCUUAUGGAAAACGCAUGCUGAAAGCAGGAUUGAAGAAGAAUGACCCUAGAAAGAGAAGGCGAUUGUCACCAGAAGAGGAUGCUAAAUUUUAUAUUCAGUCUGGUCUGGAUAAAGACGGAUUUCAAGUUAAAUACAUUUCUGAUUUCAAAGGUUUUGGUGUUUUUGCAAAAGAACAGUUCAAAAAAGGAGAGUUUUUGCUGGAAUAUUGCGGUGAAAAUAUUUCACCAGAAGAGUCUGCUGUUCGCUCCAAGAAGCUGGAUUGUAACAUGAUAUUUCAUUUUUUUCAUAAAGGAAAGCAAUACUGCAUUGAUGCUGCAUCUUGUGUUGACCAUAUUUGUCAGUAUGUGAACGACAACAAUGUCAAGGACGCAAACGCCAGGAUGAAACUACUGGAUAUCGAUGGGAGGCCGAAACUAUGUCUUUUUGCUACAAAAGACAUAGGAGUAGGCGACGAAUUGUCUUAUCCAUAUGGAGAUGACAAAAAUCUUUGGUGGAGAAAUAAGGCAUGUUCUGUUUAUGUUGAAACUUAAUUUUAAAAUGCUUAUUUUUUAUGGUUUAUUAAAAAGAAUUUUAAUUAAGGUAAUGCAAUGUCUGUUAAUCAAUAUUUUAUUAACUAGGAGUGUGCUAAAUGCCUGUUAAAUUAAAAUUAAACAAGAAAAUCUUAUUAGCUUAAUGAAUAGUAUCAUCUUAUUUGAUUUAGAGAUGUUUUUGCUUGACAGGCACUAAGCUUUUUUGGCUGGUUGUAUUUUGUGCAAAAUGUGCAUUGACUGUAAUAAUUGUGGAGAAGGGAUGUGAUGUACAGUUGUAUAGUUCAGAUAGGGUAUACCGUAAUUACAGCUAAUUAUGAAAAUUUUGGAUGAUUAAAGCAUUCAAAGUUAUAUUUAUAUAUACCCCAGUUUCAGUGCAGAAAUGGUUUAUUAUAAAAAAAGAAAAAAAAGAAUAAGAAUUCUGUAAAUAUUUGAAUCUUUUAGUUUAGAAUAUUAAGGCAAGAAUUAACAAAAUGCCAAAGUUCUCAGAUGCCAGUUUAUAUUAUUUUUCCCUUAUGUUUGCAAUGGAAAUCUGUGACAUUCAAUUUUUAAUAAUGUCAAAUCUGAUCACGGAGUACGAGCACAAGUGAACGUUAAAAGUUUUUAAUAUAUUUCUUAUUGUAAGAUUAAAUGAAACAUUCAAAGUUACAUAACCAAUUUGAUACAUACUUUUAAAAAAUAAUUGUUAAAACUUAAAAAUUCAGUCUUAAAAAGAAUUUUCUGGGCAAAGUUUUUAGCAGCAGAAGCACACAUUUUUUUAUUGCUGCUC